AUGGUAAGUUCGUCUGAUGGUGAACAUGAAUCAUCAAAUCAUUCAAGGAGACACAAACAGCAUGACAGGACUAAAAAGAAAAAGGAUAAACAGAAAGGAAAGAGCCGUCGCCAUAAACAUCAGAAGCAUAUUGAUAAAGAGAAGCAGCAGCAUGAGGGAAGUGGCAGCCCUGUGCAGCUUUCAAAGUUUCUACAGCAUGACCAAGAUGAUGGCGUUCGUCGCAGUGCUGUGUCUGGUAAAAAGAUUCUGUUGAAGCUCGAUAAAUCAAAGGAGGAUAAGUUGGCAGAAAAUAAACGAACCGAAUUGUUGAAAUUCUUAAAUGCUAGUUAUGAUUGA